AUGACCUAUGAUAUUUUGAUUUAUGAAAUUGUGUUCAAGAAAAUAUGUAAUUAUCAUUCAGAGGAACAUUUAAAACAAAAGUUUACUUCAGUUGAAAACCAUUAAUUAAAAACUGUCAAAUAAGAAAAUGAUUAGAUACUAUAGAAUAUUCUUUAUCUUAAAUGGUAGCUUAAUUUAGCUCUUAUGAAUAUUUUGAUACUAUUUGUAGAUUAAAAUAAGAGUGAAGAAAACAAUCCAUUUCCUUCUAUUAGAUUUAUGUAGGAGAAAUGA